AUGAUAACCUUGAGCAAGCAAGAGCACUCAGAUCCCACGCCAAACCCAGCAGCACUUUCCGCGCUUGAAUGUUGGAUUGACUCGAUUGGUUAUUGGUUGGGGGUUAAAAUCUAUUUCUGGUAUGAUGAAUUAAUUUCUGUGGAGAUGGAGAUGGAGAAGGAGCAGGAGGAGCAGAGGGAGAACAGAGAACAGAGACAGGACGGAGAACAUUCAUUGAUUCUUCAACUCAAAUUUCAGGCAACUCUCUUAUAUUCACUUCAUUAUCUGGCGUCGACCAUCACUACGGAAUAG